UCAAAUCGGAGAAAAGCCCGCCUCUUCGUUUCGUUUGUCUUCCGAGAAACAAGAGAAAUCCGUCGCCGUCUUCUCGCAUUCUUUUGGAGGCUUCGCUUUCUUCUUCUUGUUUUUCAUCAAGAUUCUUUCUCUGAUGAGUUCCUUCGGGAAUUACUGAUCCGUUCCAUCUGUCUUGAUUCGUCUCCUUCCCGUCGGUUCUUCGCCAGGAAGCUGGAUACAGGAAUGGAUGCCGGUUCCGUCCAGCCCCCCCCGGCGGAGAAGGAUGCCUUGACGAGUGUCAGCGUUGCGGUGAACAUACGGCCUCUCAUUCCUUCGGAGCACCUCCAGGGAUGCACCGACUGCAUCACUGUCGUCCCCGGCGAGCCUCAGGUUCAAAUUGGAAACCACGCAUUCACUUUUGAUUAUGUAUUUGGAAGUAAGGGCACUCCUGCUGAUUCCAUAUAUGAUCAUUGUGCGGCUCCGUUAGUUGAUGCCUUGUUUUCUGGCUACAAUGCAACCAUUCUUGCCUAUGGCCAAACAGGUUCAGGGAAAACGUAUACUAUGGGAACCGGCCAUACAGAUGAUACUAAUAGCAGCAGAGGAAUUACUCCCAAAGUGAUGGAAUCCAUAUUUGAAAAAAUCGAGGCGCAAAAGAGCUCCACAGAGUUCUUAGUCAGAGUGUCGUUUAUUGAGAUUUUUAAGGAAGAGGUUCUUGACCUACUUGACCCACAGCUUUCCUCUGCUAUAAGAACCGAGGGGCUUGGCCCUGGAAAGCCCGCUGUCCAUGUUCGAGCUCCUAUACAAAUCAGAGAAACUGCAAACGGGGGUAUCACACUCUCGGGCGUUACAGAGGCUGAAGUUAGAUCUAAAGAGGAAAUGGCAUCACUCUUGGCACAGGGUUCACUAUGUCGUGCGACAGGAUGCACAAAUAUGAAUAGAGAAUCGAGUCGCUCUCAUGCCAUCUUUACAAUCACGUUGGAGCAAAAGAAAGGUAUGAGUGGGCCUAGUGUUGCAACGGGUGAAGAUAUGAAUGAUGAGUUUUUAUCUGCAAAGCUUCAUCUUGUGGAUCUUGCUGGAUCAGAGCGUGCUAAACGCACAGGAGCAGAUGGAUUGCGAUUUAAAGAAGGCGUUCACAUAAAUAGGGGCUUGCUGGCACUUGGAAAUGUCAUUAGUGCUUUAGGUGAUGAGAAAAAACGAAAGGAAGGAGGACAUGUCCCAUAUCGUGAUAGCAAGUUAACUCGCUUGCUCCAGGACUCUUUGGGGGGAAACAGCAAAACGGUGAUGAUAGCUUGCGUCAGCCCUGCUGAAACAAAUGCAGAGGAAACUUUGAAUACCUUAAAAUAUGCAAACCGUGCGCGGAACAUCCAAAAUAAAGCAAUAGUAAAUCGCAACCCAGUGGUAGCUGAAAUGCAGAGAAUGAGAGCUCAACUUGAACAACUGCAAGCUGAGUUGUUGCUCGCUCGCUCAGAGGGUACUCCUUUUGAAGAAUUGCAGGUUUUGAGGCACAGAAUAUCUGUGCUUGAAUCCAACAAUACUGAGUUGCGACAGGAACUGGUGGAAACCCGGAUGAACUGUGAGCGUUUAGUGCAAAGUGCAGUUGAUGCCGAGGUGGAGAAGGAUAAGCUGAUUAUGAAGAUCGAAUCUGCUCGAAACAGAAAAUCCUGGGAUGAGGUUGAUGGGGAGGACAUUAGUGCAGAGGGUAUUGAUUUACUGAAGAACUAUGCAACAAAGGUCCAGAGACAGGAGGCAGAAAUACUGCACUUGAAGAACUUAUGCCAGUCAAAGCAAGAUAAUGCUGUAGAUUGUUUUGACCUGGAAGAUCACGAACCAUCCUUUUGCAAUGGCAAAGAUGCUACAUUUUCAGGUGAGGCAGAAGUAGAGGAAAAGGAACUGGAACAUUGUGCUCUUCAAGACACAUUGGGGAGAGAACUCCAGGAAUUGGACAAAUGUCUUCAGCAAAAGGAGGCCGAAAUGAAGUUAUACUCAAAAUCCGAUACAAUAGUUCUCAAACAACAUUAUGAGAAGAAGUUGCUUGAAUUGGAGCACGAGAAAAAACACUUACAGAGAGAGAUGGAACGCUUGAGAGCAGAGCUUGCCAACAUUUCAUCUGCUUCUGAUGAAAGUGCCCACAAAUUGAAGGAAGAGUAUCUUCACAAGUUGAAUUUACUGGAAGCUCAGGUAGCAGAACUGAAAAAGAAGCAAGAUGCACAAUCCCUGAUUUUAAGACAGAAGCAAAAAAGCGAUGAAGCAGCAAAGCGUCUUCAGGAAGAAAUUCAACGAAUUAAGACUCAGAAGGUCCAGUUGCAACACAAGAUCAAGCAAGAGUCUGAGCAGUUUAGAGCAUGGAAAACUUCACGAGAGAAGGAGGUUCUACAGCUGAAGAAGGAAGGAAGGAGAAAUACGUACGAGAUGCACAAACUCUUAGCUUUGAAUCAGAGGCAAAAAAUGGUUCUUCAACGAAAGACCGAGGAAGCUGCUAUGGCUACUAAAAGGCUCAAGGAGCUACUCGAGUCACGCAAGGCUUCUUCUCGUGAAACAUUUGUUGGCGGCCACGGCAACAUGGCUGGGGUUCAGAGCAAUGAAAAGGUUCUUAGAGAUGCAAUUGAACAUGAACUUGAACUUAUAGCGCACGUGCAUGAAGUGCGGACGGAGUAUGACAGGCAAAUACAAGAGAGAGCGAGAAUGGCUAAGGAGAUCGCAGAAUUGAAGGAAGAAAGUGAAAUGUUGAAGCAAGAUAAUACUGGCAAUUGUACUCCAACUAUGUCACCAGGUGCAAGGAACUCAAGAAUAUACGCGCUCGAGAAUAUGCUGACUGCUACUUCUAGCACCCUCGUUUCCAUGGCUUCACAGUUAUCUGAAGCGGAGGAGCGUGAGCGCAUUUUCAGUGGACGUGGUCGGUGGAGCCAAGUUCGUUCCCUUGGUGAUGCAAAAAAUCUACUAAAUUACUUGUUCAACCUAGUUUCAUCCUCAAGGUGCUGUAUCAUGGACAAGGAGAGGAGAUGCAGAGAGAAAGAUGCAGAAAUUAAAGAGCUGAGGGAGAGAAUUAGUACGGUUAAUAGUCGUUUGAAACAAAUGGAGUUUCAAGCUCAGAAGCACAAGGAAAUUCAACUGAUGGACAAGAAACAUGCUUUUGGUAGUGGCACAGACGGGGUCCCCUAUGAUCUUCGAAAGGCUAUACGCAACUCAAUCUGUUUCAAUUAUGACGGAGGUUUGUUUGAUGACAUGGACACAUCAGACUCUGAGUUGUCCAGCUUAUCCGAUGAGGAUUGGGAGAAAAGUGCUCCUCACAAGCAGAGGAAGAAGGCACGGAGGCCACGCUUGGAAUCAGUAUCUAGUGCGGAAGUCGAAAGUCUUGCUUCGCGGAAUUCAUGCAUGGAUAGUUCAAAGGAAGCCGACAACUUGGUGUUGCCUUCUUCAGAUACAUGUUGCUCCUGCAGCCAAACUUCAGGGUGCAAAACUAUGAAAUGUGAAUGUCGCGCAUCUGGUGGGUUAUGUGGUGCUCAGUGCAGCUGCAAACUUGGAAAGUGUGCCAAUCGCAAGAGUUGCACUGAUGACGCAACAAAUGCUUUACUUGCUACGGAAGGUGCAACACUUCUCGAGAGUGCCAUGAAGAAUGUGGAGGUGAACGUUGAACCAGUUAAACAACGAAAGCCACUUUCAGAUGUGGGCAACACACUGGCCAACUCAGAUGCAACCCAGCCAAGCCAGAGGAAACAAUGGAAGAAAUCUUCAUUUCAGUUGGUUCCAGCGCAGGCGCCAACACCAACGCCCACACCAACAGCCCCAAUAGCGAACCAAGGGCCGAACAGCGAGGCAGUAAAACAUGAUCAAGGGCCAAACGGCGAGGCAUUAAAACAGGACGCCGUGGCGGGCGAAGUAGAUGAGAUACCCAUUCCCCUAAAGCUACCUCGAGCAAUGCGCAAGUUGCCCAAAAUGAACAGCGACGGCAUUUUGAAAGAGAGAAAUGCAAGUCGUGCUGACGACACGAGACCUGAAAAGCCAUCAAGCCGAGCUGCAUCCAAAAGCCCACUUCGUCCUGCGAGGAGCUCUUCGGACGAGAAAGAGAACAGCAGUCGCCUGUAGUCAACAAUAUUUAUUGAACCAGAGGCAAGCAGCCUUCUUGCUGCUCCUCCCCACGGGUUCUGUCCUGUUAUAUCGCCAUUCUUACAAGAAUUCUUUUCAAUGGUGCAUCCAUUGUAAUGUUUAUUAUAAUUGGAAGAAAGAAACUGCUAGUUUCACAUAA